AUGGAGAAAAACACACAACAACAAUUACAAAAAAAACACCGUUUUAGAACUACCAAAAUCCCAUUACUCAUGCAACAACAUUGUUGUCUUUUCCUUUUCAUUUUCACCAUUUUUACUACUACCACCUCCCGAGCUUUUGAUUAUGGUGAUGCCCUUUCAAAGAGUCUUCUCUAUUUUGAAGCACAGCGUUCUGGGAGAUUACCUUAUAAUCAACGCGUCACCUGGCGUGGCCAUUCUGCCCUCAUUGAUGGCCUAGAACAAGGGGUGGAUUUGGUUGGAGGGUAUUAUGAUGCAGGUGAUCAUGUGAAAUUUGGUUUACCAAUGGCAUUUACUGUGACAAUGCUAUCAUGGGGUGCUAUAGAAUAUUUACAAGAAAUUGAAGAUGCUGGUGAGUUAGAACAUACACUGGAAGCAAUUAAAUGGGGCACUGAUUAUUUCAUCAAAGCUCACACUAGUCCAAAUGUCUUGUGGGCCGAGGUGGGUGAUGGUGAUACUGAUCAUUAUUGUUGGCAAAGACCUGAGGACAUGACAACAUCAAGAAGAGCAUUCAAGAUUGAUGAAAACAAUCCUGGUUCAGAUCUUGCCGGAGAGACCUCAGCUGCUAUGGCAGCUGCUUCCAUUCUGUUUAAGAAAACAAAUCCACAUUACUCUCACUUACUUUUACACCACGCUCAACAGCUGUUUGAGUUUGGGGACAAGUACAGAGGAAAAUACGAUGUAAGUGUUGGAGUAGUGAAAAGUUACUAUGCGUCGGUGAGUGGGUACAUGGAUGAGUUGUUAUGGGCUGCCACGUGGCUAUAUAAGGCCACCGACAAAGAAGAGUAUUUAGAGUAUGUAAUUAAAAAUGGUAAUCUCUUUGGUGGAACUGGUUGGUCCAUAACAGAGUUCACCUGGGAUGUUAAAUAUGCUGGUCUUCAACUCUUAGCUUCACAGUUUUUAAACCAAGCAAAACACAAGAAACAUAGUGAUAUACUUGAACAAUAUAGAUCAAAAGCAGAGUACUACAUAUGUUCAUGUCUCAACAAAAACAUGAAUGGAAGCAAUGUGGAAAGAACUCCAGCUGGAUUACUAUACAUCCGACAAUGGAACAACAUGCAACAUGUUUCAACAGCAUCCUUUUUACUCACAACAUACUCUGAUUUUCUCAAAAACACAAAUCAAAAGCUCACUUGUCAUGAAGGCACUAUAGAUCAUGAAGAAAUUCUAACUUUUGCUAAAUCACAAAUUGACUACAUUUUGGGCUCAAACCCAAUGAACAUGAGUUACUUAGUGGGCUUUGGGCCUAGUUACCCUAAAAGGGUCCAUCAUAGAGGAGCUUCCAUUACGUCUUACAAGGAGAAUAAAGGGUUUAUUGGGUGUACUCAAGGGUAUGAUAAUUGGUAUGGUAGUGAAGAUCCUAACCCUAAUGUUUUGGUUGGAGCUUUGGUUGGAGGGCCAGAUUGGAAAGAUGAUUUUGAAGAUAAAAGGAACAAUUUUAUGCAGACUGAGGCAUGCACAUAUAAUACUGCCCCUUUAGUUGGUCUUUUUGCAAAAUUCUUGCAUAUAGAAAAUAAUAAGAUGGUAAAUGAUUGUAAUUCACUUUUGGUUGCUUCCUUUAAAUAA